GAAGACAUCACAAUCAUGCUCUUUCUGACAUUCCUGGUCCUGCUCCACGGAGUCACCUCGGCAUCAGAGCCCGUUCCCACCUAUAACCAUCAGAACCCGUUUACAGGCGGGACCCUCACGUGCAACAGGUGCCCGCCUGGCACUCACCUGGCCGCUCACUGCACCGCCACCGCGCCCACAAAAUGCGCGCCCUGCAGAAGCGACCACUUCACCGAGCUGUGGAACUACCUGCCCAGGUGUCUGUACUGCAACAACAUCUGCACACAGAACCAGGAAGUGGAGACCGAGUGCUCUCCGGUCAGCAACAGGGUCUGUCGUUGCAAAGCGGGAUUCUACAUGAUGGACGACUUCUGCAUGAGACACUCGGAGUGCGGCCUCGGGCACGGAGUUCAGACCAAAGGUACGCCACAAAAGGACACUGUUUGUGAAAGGUGCUCCACGGGUUAUUUCUCCAACUCCUCUUCUGCAAUGGAUGUGUGUGUACAACACCAAAACUGCACUGACCGUCAGCUGCUUUUCCUCAACGGUUCAUCAGUCCACGACACCGUGUGUGGCACCUGUGAGGACUUUACAAACGGAGGUGAGACGCUGAGGGCUUUCCUCUUGGGGGUCAUCAGCUCGAACAAGAUGAGAAGAAGAGAUCURAAAAGAUUUGUUCACAGAAUCAUUCACAGGUCAGACGAGGACUAUGUGGACAUGUCUUUUACGAGGCAGAGAGGCCCUCUGCUGGACCAAAUCAGAAGCUGGCUGGCCCAGGCUCCGGUACAUCAGCUGAAGGAACUUCCCAAAACGCUCAGAGAUUCUGACCUCAGCUCCGUGGCAGACAGACUUCACAACAAACUCAGUGAAAUUAAACGACAGAAUCCCACCUGCAGCUUAGUAUAAUGGUUUAAAACACAAUGUGUGAACAUAGAUCAAAGAAUGUAUGUGAUAAAUGGUUGUUUCUUACUCAAAGUGUCUGUUUUAAAGUUUUUAAACAUUUUUUUUAACUAAAUAACAUUUUUUACUUAUAGGAGUAACCUAUUAAUAUAACUUUUUAUGA